GUCGCACGUUUCGUACAUAACGAGUUCGUAUUGGCAGCUUUACUUCCACCACACACCGUCUUCGCUGCGAUUAGCGAACAUUUUCGCACGUUCUAGAAAGGCCGCAAGUGUUUUUGGCGAUUGCCGCGUACCGUCCAAUCCCAGUGGUGACUCUGCGACCUCUCUUCUUCGGUGGACUUGCGUCACCUACGGUGGACCGCAACAAAAAAGCAUGUGGGCUGCUAGGACACUCCUCUGUACCGCGAGACUUGCAUCUUCGGGACCACCGAAGAAAGCCGCAAUAUGUUGGCAGUCGUUGCAACGUCAGCAGAUGACUCGAGCGGCAAACUUUCACACGUCCCCGAGACGCUGUAUCCAUCCCAUAUUUCUCAUUGCUGCGAAGCAAAUCACCAAAGGACUGGCAAUAAUUACUGGGAGAGGAUUUCGUAAAUGGUGGAAGGCAUUGCCAGAAGACAAGAAGGCUUAUUUCAUUUCUGUUGCUGUCAAGAACAGAUGGAAGAUUGCAGGCUACUUCGGCGUUGCGUGGGGCAUUGGGGGAAUCUAUUACUUCAGCCACAUACAAGAAACGCCUAUCACACACAGACGUCGCUUUGUUGCCUUUACUCGUGACCAGUUUAGGAAGAUAUCAGACUUUGAGUUCGAAAUGCAAUACGAGGCCUUCAAACCCCACCUUCUGCCGGCAAUGCACCCGGUGUAUCACCGUGUUGUCCGAGUGGCCAAUCAGCUGCUGCACGGGAACCGAGACAUUCCUGAGAUUCACGAUGUCACAUGGUCAGUGUCAGUCAUUGACAGUCCCAUGAAGAAUGCCUUUGUGAUGCCUAACGGACAGAUUUUUGUGUUUGCCGGCAUGCUCGAGAUCUGCGGAAACGACCAACAGCUGGGAAACGUGCUUGCUCAUGAAAUGGCCCACUGUGUCUUGGGGCACGGUGCAGAGCAAGUGAGCUAUGCCCAUCUCAUCGAUUUCGCCUUGGUUGGCUUUCUGGCAGCUAUUUGGGCCAUCAUGCCAACUGAUGGCAUCGCUGUUGUAACGCACUGGUUUUUCGAAAAGGUUGUCAGCCUUCUGCUAAGGCUUCCUUACAGCAGAAAGCUCGAGCUCGAGGCCGAUGAAGUUGGUCUUCAGCUAGCCGCAAAGGCAUGCUUUGAUGUGCGGGAAGCUAGUGCAUUCUGGACAAAGAUGAGGCUCAUGGGAAAUGCCUUGGAUGACGUGGAAUUCAUUUCUACUCACCCUAGCCACGAACACCGUUCAGAGCACCUGGACAACCUCAUGAACAGUGCUAUUGAACUCAGGAAGCAAUGCCAUUGCCCAAGGUUGCCACCCCAGGAUCCCCGUGUGCUCAUGUCCAUGUUGAAGGAACAAGUCAAGCAAGAGACUCUUGCAAAGCAAGGAAUCGUUGUCUUGCAGCCGCCGCGCUGAAGUGCUAUGACAGUCCUGUUUUUUUUCGGGUACAUUUUCGUCUUCCUUCUGUUUUAUGGCAGAUUUUACACUUUUAUUCUCGAAGCCCCUACAGUCCUAAGUGCUAAUCUGAUUUUACUCUGCACCACCAGUUUUAGCUAUGCUAGUUUAGUCUAACUCGAAUGUUUACAUAGAGUAACACUUGAUUUGUGUACUCUUUCUGCCUCAUUUAGCUGCGGUGCGUGCCUGUCCAAGUUGCUGGCAUCAGUUAGACUGCUUCUUUUUUCUGUGGUUGAAGAUUAAGGGCUUAUGCUUUCACUGAACUCUUUUUUUUUUGUUUAUUUAUUGUAACUUUGAAGUGCACAAUGUAAAACUUUGCAAACACUUGUUUGGUUCUUAGCUUAGCUGCCUAGUAGUGGGACCAAUUGUAUGACACGCCUAGUAAUUACGCAAGUGGUUGCAAUAGUGACAGGGGAAAAGAAAUUUUGGAUACAGAUACUAAAAAAAAUGCCAUCAUUCAAUAAAA